AUGGUCAAAACAAGAAAGAUUGCGCUUCUUCUUAUUUUGGGAGCAGGUGUGAUUGGAUGCAUGGAAACAGAUAGUGGGCAGAGGAAAAACUAUCUUCUAGAAUACAUACGAGAAGCUAUUGAAUCCAACCAGCAACUCUACAGGCACUGCAUAUGUGCCCAUGCAAUGUGCAGGAAGGGUGCAAAUCCACUGAAGCCGCAGAAAUGUGAUGAUAUAGUUAUGGAGUUCGGGCCUGCGAUAGUUGCACAUGAUAGCCUGAAGCGCUUGGGGGCGUUCAUCGAGAAAAGAGAGGACACUAUACUGAGCAGUGAAAUGGUGCAAGAGAUACAGGCGGAAGUCAAGAAAAUUAUGAGUUAUCUCAAUAAAGUAGAUGUCAGUGACGAUGCAAAAUCGAUGGGAGCAGACACUUUGUGCACUCUAGAGGAGAUAGACUGCAAUGCAGAAGGGAACGUGAAGGAGGCACUAUACUCGCAAAUCUACACUGUGUGUUGCGUGAUGAAAAGAAGGCUUAUUAGUCUAAACGAGAAGCUUACGCGCAUAGUAUCGGCAGAUUUUUGCCCAAAGAGUCCGUUGUAUGAAACAUUCACGAUAAAAUAUGUUUUAAUCAAUGGCUCGGAUGAAGAAGAAUGCUAUUGUGGCCAAGAGUACUCAGAUUCAGAUUCAGACUCAGACGAGAAAGAAAAUGCGGAGCCUAAUAACCACUUGCAAAAUCCCAGCCGCUCUCCCCUAGUCAUAGCCAAUACAAAAUCUGUUGAUAAGGAUGCAUCCCCUUUAUGCAUACAGGAGAAUGGGUCUGACGAUGAUACACAUCAUUUAGAUAUGUCUAUAAAAGGCUGCUUUGAAUAUAAAUGUAUGGUGAGAAAUAAAAGUGAAAGCGAAGAGACAGAUUCUUUGCUCAACUGCGAGGCCGACUCCGAAGAGUUCUGGCGCAUAAUACAGAAAGAGAAAUUUGACAAAGUCUUGGAAGAGCUGCGGAAUCUACGGGUGUGGCCGAUAAAACGCGGCCCGCCUAAGUGGGCUCCCAGGGUGGAAACAUCGACGGAAUAA